AUGAAAAAUCCUGCCAAAUUAUUUAAAAUAUGGAUUGGUCCCAUAUCGUUCAUUGGCACCAGCGAUCCAGAUGUGAUUCAAGGCAUCCUACCGCAUACGCACUGCAUCCAAAAACCGUACAUUUAUGAAUUUUUCAAAAUAGAUUUCGGCUUGUUUGCGGCCCCACCUAACGUUUGGAAAGUUCAACGGAAGGCGCUGAAUCCGUCCUUCAAUCACAAGAUUUUGUACAGAUUCUUCCCAAUUUUUGAUAGAUUUGCACAAAAGCUGGUUGAAAGUUUAUUACAGAUUCCGGAAGAUUGUGAAGUUCAAAUAACAAAGUAUAUGACAAGAUGUACUCUGGCCAUGGUUUGUGCUACUACAAUUGGUUCUGAUAUCGAUAAAGACCAUGACACUGAAAAGUUUGCUUACAAUAUGAAUGGUAUUUUGGAGUUGGUUGCAAAAAGAUGUUUGAAUCUUUUCACAUGCUCAGAAUCCAUUUAUAAGCUCACGGAGGCUUCUAAACUGGAAGAAAGUAUGAGACAAUAUGCGUGGGAAUUUGUUGAUAAGGGUAGUGACACUACGGGAAUAGCAAUGGGAUUCAUUGCACAAUUGCUCGGAAUAUAUCCACAUCUUCAGGAGAAAGUGUAUCAAGAAAUCAGUGAAGUUUUUCCCCCGGCUAGUAAAUCGCACUUCACUUCUGAUAAUUUGGGACAAUUGCAAUACACGGAAAUGUUCAUUGAAGAAAGCCUCCGCCAUUUUACUAUAGUUCCAAUAAUUCUACGACAAACAACGAGCGAUAUCGAGUUGGACGGAGCACUGAUACCGACUGGUACCUCGUUUGCUUUAAAUAUUUAUAAUUUACUUCGCCGGGAAGAUGUUUGGGGCCCUAGUGCGAAACAAUUUGAUCCGGAAAAUUUUAGUGGAGAAAAUAUAAACAAACGUCAUCCGUUCGCUUUUCUUCCCUUCAGUGGCGGUAACCGUAACUGCAUAGGUCAUCGAUAUGCCAUGAUGAGUCUCAAGAUAAUGGUUGUGCAUUUGUUGAAGAGCUUUGAACUUAAGAGUAACGUUAGUCUCAUAGAUCUGAAAUUUAAAAUUGAUUCUGUGCUAAAGUUUUCAAACGAACCGGGAUUAAUUUUGGAACGUCGUAAAUCACUACCAAUCAAAUAA